AUGCCGCUCCCCCGAACCAUCGCCGAACCGUACGCGCACGACGCGCUCGUCUUCCUCCCCGUCUCGGACCCAGUCCCACGCUCGCCCGCCGCGGAUGUGCCCCUACUCGCAGCGGCGUUGGAGGCGCAUCUGGCUGGCAGCAAUACCCCUCUCCCCGCCAUUACGGGGAGUAUGCGCACCGCCCAGCGGAAUGCUCAGGCGACGCAGAACGCUUCUCGCCUCGGAGCAGCUCGGGCCCGUGUAGGCCUCGAUGAGGCGGACGUACAACUCCGUACAGCCGAGUACGAGCUCGCCCGCGUGCGCGAGGAGAUGGCCGUUUGUCGCGCUUAUGAGCCGAUGUACGAGACGAUUUGCAUGGCGUCGGAGAACGACUUCCUCGCCUCGGCCGACCCUGAAGUGCUGGCUAUGCUACCACCGGAGACUGACGCCAUGGGGCGCAAGUACGCUAUCCUGCUUGGCCGGCUCGAGGCUGAGCUCGUCCAUGUUCAGGCGCAAGAAUCGCAAGUGGCCGAGAUGUCUGCGCAGCGGGAUGCACUGGUCCGUUCCCGCCGGGAAAUCGUCAAGAAGGCUGAGGCGGUCGACGCGCUCCUCUCUGAUUAUUCCAAGACGACUACGGCCAUGGCGUCCAAGAUACGCGAUGUUGUGCGGGCUGCUGAGAAGGAUAAGGACCAGGACAAGGAGGACAAGGAGAUCAAGGCGUGA